UGACACUUUAAUUUAAUAUAGAUUAAAUUAAAUAUUUAGAUUUCUUUCAUAGUAUCGUCUCUUCAAAGCUCUACUUUUAAAAUUGUAAAUUUUUUGUAUAUUUUGCUAUUGUUUAAAAACGUUAAAUAACUGAAACCAUCUUAAUUCGUGUGUUUUCUGAGUUGUUUGCUUAAUAUAGGCACUGGGUGCUUUGAGAAUAUAUUUCAGAAAACAGUAUUCCCUAUAAUAAUCACUUCAUAGUAUAUGUCAGUGUUGAAUAAUAAUAUAAAAAUAUUCGUACUAAAAUCAUUUAGGAGUUUACUGUGUGGAAGCUAUUACUGAUCCAAUCGUGAAUAUGGCCAAAGAAGAAGAUGACGAUAAUUUACCAGAUAAAGAUGCGGCGAAAGAAUUCUACGCUAAAUACGAACCGAAGGAAAUAAUAGGACGAGGUAUCAGCUCAACCGUAAGGAGAUGCAUAGAAAAAGAGACUGGCCAUGAGUUUGCUGCUAAGAUCAUUGAUCUCAGUCAAGAGUCUCAAGAUGGUGUGGACACUCACACCAUGAGGGAUGCCACUAGGCAAGAGAUUAACAUACUAAGGGUUGUUGCUGGACAUCCUUAUAUUAUUGAACUGCAAGAUGUAUUUGAAUCAGAAACUUUUAUUUUCCUUGUGUUUGAGUUGUGCAAAAAUGGUGAGCUGUUUGACUACCUAACUUCAGUGGUUACUCUGUCUGAGAAGAAAACAAGAUAUAUUAUGAGACAAGUAUUGGAGGGAGUGCGAUACAUUCACAGCAGGAACAUCGUUCACCGAGACCUGAAGCCGGAGAAUAUUCUGCUGGACGACCAGCUCAACGUGAAGAUUACCGAUUUCGGGUUCGCAAAGGUGCUUAAGAAUGGGGAAAAGCUGUUUGAGUUAUGCGGCACCCCGGGCUACCUGGCCCCGGAGACGCUGAAGGCGAACAUGUUUGAGGACGCGCCCGGUUACGGCAAGGAAGUUGACACAUGGGCGUGCGGCGUCAUUAUGUUCACAUUGCUGGUGGGUUGUCCGCCGUUCUGGCACCGCAAGCAGAUGGUCAUGCUGCGAAACAUCAUGGAGGGCCGAUACUCCUUCACCAGCCCCGAGUGGCUCGACAUAUCCGAGGACCCCAAGGAUCUGAUAAGGCGGUUUCUGGUAGUGGAGCCCGGCGAGAGGAUUGACAUAGCUGAUGCGCUGGAGCAUCAGUUCUUCCACACGAAGUUGUGGGACCAGGACGUCACGCCGCUCAAGAAGACCUUCUCCACCGCCAGCAGACGGAUGUCGCGCAUCGACCAGAUCGCUAUGGCGAUAAAGUCGAGCGGGUUCAACGCCCGCGCGCGUCUCCGGCUGGUCUUGGUGACGGUCCGCGCCGCGGUGAGACUCCGGCGCCUGCCCCACACCUCCGCGAGAGCCAUCCCGCUGCACGAGGCCCUCACGGACCCCUACACGCUCAGGAUGCUGCGCAAGGUGAUCGACGGCUGCGCAUUCCGCGUGUACGGGCACUGGGUCAAAAAAGGCGAGGGCCAAAACCGAGCAGCUCUCUUCGAGAACACGCCGAAGACAGAAUUAAAGAGCUUGUACGUGAGCAACCUCAGCCGAUAGUCGCGCCGCGCGCCAGACGAACCGCUCGAUGUCUCUGCUGCCCUGGUGCAAACGAGGAGCCGAAGUACCAGGGCGACAGGGUUUAGAAGAUGUCGUUCGUACGAGUUCGAAAUGUGUGCGUGUGAUGUAAGUCGGUUGUAGUGCGUCCUGCGUAUGAUUGUCUUACUACGUUUACAGAAUGAAUAGAUGUAGAAGCUAGAAGGUCAAUCGGUCAUUUUGGUUUUGACAGUUGUCACGUUGACAUUCCUAUUCUCAGUUAACGCGGGCCGCGUUAAUACUCACUGGGCUGACAUUCUGGAUCUAUUUAUUCUGACGUAGAUGUCGAAAUCUAUUUCGGCACUUUCAUAUUAUACAUUCGGCAGUAGUUAGUUUAUAACGUUGGCAAUAAACCCAUAUUUGUGAUCAAAGUUUUUAAGUAGAAUAUUUAAGUGUCUCUAAGAACUAAACAGUUAGUUCACUUACAUUAUUAUUGUGAGGUUUUACAUUUGCGCUUUUAGUUUCAUUAAAUUUUCCUCAUAUACAUACAUAUGUAGUAUGUUUAUAUUAUGUUGUAAUUGCGAUCACUGUUUUGAGAUAUAUUAUUUUUGUAACUCAUUCUUGACAAAAUAAGCGAUUUUAUUAGUUUAAUUCUGUAUUUAUGUGAAUUUUAACAGUUUAUUAAUACAUAUAAUGAAUUUCAAAUCUCGUCCUUUUAUACAAAUUUAUAUAAAGCUCUAUCUUUAUGUAUCGAUAUAUAAUUACGCCUAAACUGUAAUAUUACCAUACUGAUAUUGUUUCUUUAUAUACAUAUUUAAAUAUACAAAUAGAGAACUUUGUAAAAAAAUUUGACUUCAAAAUUUCAUCAUCCCUGUAUUGAAUUCAAAUGAAGAAGUAAGGAAAGAAAGUAUAAUAAUAUGUAUAUUUAAUAAUAUAUAUAUCUAUCAUUAAAGUAAUAAAAAAAGUCUACAUUUCUUUAAUAAAGUUUUGAAUUAGGAUAAGUGUAUGUGGCUAUGUUAGCCAAAAUUCGUAGCUAAUUUUAAGUUAUCAAUUACAUAAGUGAAAAUUCAUAUUAUGAUAGUUUUUAGAACCUUUAGUUUAUUUUAGCCAUAUUUAAGUAGUUCUUUGUUAAUUAAAGUAAUUUUCAAUAACAAUUACUCAAUUUAGAGAGAUCAUUUCGUGAAAGAAUGUGAUGAGAAGCAAUACUAUUUAGAUAAUAUUUAUUUUCUCACAGCUAUACUGUUUCGUACCAUUUGUAGUAUUUAAAAGAUUAUCUGUGUUUUUACUGAAUAAAUUAUAUGUGUAUA